AGCUGCACAAUCGCCAAUAAUUUACAUUUCACGAUAUCUUAAUCUUUUUUUGAUUCUCUUGAUAUAUCCAGAAAUACGCUGACGGUGACAAGCGUGAUUCAAUUGGCACUGUCUUUCCUUCACGGAAGAAUUGAUGUAAGUUAUGUUCCGUAUCCCAAAAACAACAAUGCCUGUGACUAUUGUAGCCACAAAAAAGCCCAAACAAAUGCAAACAUGCUUAUAUUCAUCUUAUGAAUGCUCACAACCUUGUCUUGAUGGAUAUACUUACUGCGCCAAGCAUAUUCUUGAGGAUCCAAAUGCACCUUUCAAGCAAUGUGGCUUUGUAUAUAAUAGUAAUGGCAGAAAAUGUCAAAACCCUGCACCAAAAUUGGAUAGAAGAGAUAUUUUAUAUUGUACUGAGCAUGCUAGAAAAGCCCAAAUAGCACGUAUAAAAUCUACAGCAAGACAUUCUUUACCACAGACACCUGAAAUGCUCUUACUUAAUUUAAGUCACUAUGUUAAGAAAACAGAUUCAAGUACUGAAGAUACCGAAGAUGAAGAAGGAAAAAUCAAAGCAUUAGACCCUUUUACUGAAGUUGAUGCAUACAGAGUAAAUGCAAGUGGAAGUGAUAUUUUGGAUUAUGCAAGUUCCUCUGAUAGCGAUAUUGAACCUACAGCAGUAACUGAUACUUUAAGAGGAAGUUAUCUUGAUGAUAGUGAUAAUGAAAGUUUAUAUAGUGCACAAGAAGAUCCUUUAAAUAUUAAUUUUUUAAGGCAUGCUGGAAUUUUUACUGCUGAGGAGGUGAUCUACAUUGCACGAGAAAAACUAAUUAGACUGCAAUCACUUUACAUAGAUCAGUAUAGAAGACUGCAGUACAUAUUAAGAGAGAAAAGACGAAAGUAUUUACAUGCCCUUAAAAAGGAAAAGGAAACGUUAUGUAGUAUACAUGAUCAACCAAAAGAAACUGCAAAAGAAAAGAAAAUUUAUGAAAAACUAAAAGCCUUAAAUCGUUAUCAUAGACGAAGUGGAGCUGAAGCUAUAUUAUAUAGAAAAUCUUUAGAACGUAGAGCACAGGCAACUGAAGGACCCACACAAAAAAUACCAAGUAUAUCAAAAUGUAUCUUUACAGAAGGUGGAGUAAAAUGUGGAGAGAGAACUCUUCCUGCUGCAAAACAUUGUCGCAAACAUAUCCUUAAAGAUCAACAUCAAGUUUUAUUCAAAGCAUGUGGAGCAAUUCGAGCAGAUAUAGAGUGUCAUGAACCAGUACCUGUAAUUUUCGAUACAAAUUGUGUGUUUCACAUGAACUUACCAUCUGAAUGUAAAUUGGAAACUAUGAAGUUUAAAGAAUCAAAACCUGAAACACAGGAAAUAUCAGCAACAGAUAAUCAAUCUGUAGAAAUUGAUGUAGUAGGAGAAAUUCAAGAAAUUGAUCCAGACGAUGAUAUGGCAGGAUUAAUGAGAGAGAUGAGUGAUGCUGCACAUAUGAAACCAGUAUUUAAUGAAAGUUUAAAUAGUGAAGCUAGUACAGAUACAGCUUUUAGUUUAUCAGCACAGAUGAGUGAUAGAGAUGAUCUUGUUUCUGUGUGACAAGGUUUUUUUCUAUGACUCCAAAUCAUAAAAUAUUAAUGUUUGUUGUUACAUAAUUAUGCAAAUUUUAUUUGUGAAUUUUAUUCAACUUAAUUAUAUUCUUACCUGUAUAUUAAGUGCCUAAAAUUAAAAGUGAUAUGAAGUCAAACAUGAUUAUUGUGUGACAACAAAGUAUAUGUGUGUCAUUCAGAAUAAUCGUAGCGUAUCUCCAAUUUUAUUAAAAACAAAACUAUACCACAGACAUGUUCAAGACGAUUUUUAAGUAUUAGUAUAAUAAUGAAGUUUCUCCAUAUGUACUACAUUUACCGUAUUAAAAUAUUGAUAACAUUUCGUUACUUGUAUUUGAUUGAUCCAAGAACAUUUCAUAAAAGCUUGUUUUUCUUGAAAAAUCAAUAAUGGAAGUUACACUAUUAUUAUUCUAAACUACUCAUAUGUAUUAAUAUAAUUUAUAUGUUCAUGUAUCUGUGUACAUGUGCAGUUACUAACAAUCACUUUCAUUUGUAAAUAUUGUGACAGCCACUGUCACCUUUUCAUUGUACAACUUUAAAAUAAAAUACAAAUGCACCUUCUUAAA